AUGUCCCCCUCCCGGCCCCCUGCUUCUCUCGACUCCAGCAUCGAGAAAGAGGCUGUCGACGUGAGCUCGGCCCAGAACGUCCUUAGUGCGGACGAGGCUGCGUUGCGGCAGCUAGGCUACAAGCAAGAGUUGCGUCGGACAUUCACGCCUCUUGAGCUCUUCGGCGUCGGUUUCAGCAUCGUUGGCCUGUUCCCUUCCGUCGCGUCUGUACUUGUGUAUGCCAUACCCAAUGGAGGACCCUCUGCCAUGAUUUGGGGCUGGGCCGUAUGCACAUUCGGACUUGUGGCGAUCUCCGCUGCAGUCGCGGAACUCGGUUCGGCUAUGCCAACCUCCGGCGGCUUAUACUACUGGACUUACUCAUUCUCAUCUCCGCGGUACAAGACGAUACUGUCAUGGAUGGUUGGAUACUCGAAUACAAUCGGCAAUCUAGCUAGUGUGGCGUCCGUGGACUGGGGGUUCUCCUUGCAGCUGAUGGCGGCAAUUACCAUUGGCACGAACGGCGCCUUCGUGCCGACGACUGCGCAGACCUAUGGCGUCUACGUCGCAACACUACUCGUGCAUGGACUAAUUUCGGGCGUGGCGGUCAAAUACAUCGCCCGACUGCAGCCACUCAUCGUAUCGCUCAAUAUACUACUCGCGCUUGCUAUCAUCAUCGCUCUCCCGGCUGCGACACCGAAGGAGUUCAAGAACACGGCAGGCUACGCAUUCGGCAACUUCGAUAACUUAUCGGGCUGGCCGAAUGGCUUCGCGUUCUUCCUCAGCUUCCUUGCGCCACUAUGGGCCGUUGGGGCGUUCGACUCUUCCACUCAUCUCAGUGAAGAGGCCAAGAACGCCAAUGUCGCAGUGCCAUGGGCUCUGAUGUGCUCGACCAGCAUCGCGAGCGUUCUGGGAUGGGGCAUUAUCAUCUCGAUCGUGUUCAACAUGGGAACAGAUCUUGAAGCCAUCCUCGCGAGUGACAUUGGACAACCAAUGGCUGUUAUUCUGUUCAAUAGCUUCGGACGUGGCGGCACCCUCGCCGUGUGGAUUGUAGUGGUCAUCGUACAGUUCACUAUGGGUGUGGAUAUAACUGUUGUCUGCUCUCGACAGCUGUACGCCUUCUCCCGUGACGGAGCGCUCCCAUUCUCCAGCAUCCUCCGCCGAGUGAACGAUAAGACGCGCACGCCAAUUUACGCCGUUUGGUUCGCGAUCUUCAUCAGCGCUCUGCUCGGGCUUCUCGCCUUCGCCGGUGCCAACGCCAUUGGUGCCAUCUUCUCGUUGGUCAUCGCCGGCCAAUACACUGCGUACUCGAUCCCCAUCUGCGCGCGGUUCCUUGGACAGAACUCGUUCAAGCCUGGUCCAUUCACCCUUGGACGUGCGGGCGCUCCCGUGGCCGCCAGCGCUGUCAUCUUCAUGGCAUUUAUGCUUAUCGUCUUCCUCUUCCCCGCCAGCCCCAACCCUACGCCCGCCACUAUGAACUACACUGUUGUAGUUUGGGGAGGAACCCUCGCGCUCGCUGCAGCGUACUUCUACCUUCCGAAGUACGGCGGCCGUCACUGGUUCACGGGCCCAGUUUCUACCGUUACGGAGAUCGAGAGGGGUACCAGCAGCAUUGAAAAAGAUAGGACGGAAAAGGUCAGCGACUCAUGA